AGAAGAGGCGGCGCGAACUGCAGAAGGAGCCGCAGGAUUAUAGGCGCGAGGCUGUUCCUUGGGAAGGGGGGGGGGGCCCUCUCUCUCUCCCCGAGCGCCGGGAUCUAGGCGCGCGCUGCCGGAGGCCAGAUUAAAGGUUCUGUGUGGAACACUAAGCGUACUGUUCAUCUGAGUCUGGACAAGAACUUCUAACUUUUGGCAGCUGAAGAUGGUGUUACUAUGGAAACAGAUGUUCCUACUUUCCUUUGUUGGCUGCCUUGGAGAUCUCGAAAACUUAAAGACAAAAAUGAGAAGCACGGUGUCAGUACGCGAAGGACAAGGGGUUGUUCUGCUGUGUGGGCCACCAACUCAUUCUGGAGAACUUUCAUAUGCUUGGAUCUUUAAUGAAUACCCAUCAUUUGUCCAAGAAGACAGUCGGCGAUUUGUGUCUCAGGAAACUGGGCAUCUCUACAUAGCCAAAGUAGAGCCUUCUGAUGUAGGAAACUACACAUGUGUUGUGACUAGUACUGUAACAAAUGCCAAUGUUCAUGGUUCACCAACACCAUUAGUGCUACGGACUGAUGGUGUAAUGGGGGAAUAUGAACCCAAAAUAGAAGUACAAUUUCCUGAAUCCCUUCCUGCUGCUAAGGGCUCAACUGUAAGACUGGAAUGCUUUGCCCUAGGAAAUCCAGUGCCUCGAAUCAACUGGAGAAGAAUGGAUGGAAUGCCCUUUCCAAGCAAAGUAAAGUUGAGGAAAUCCAAUGGCAUGAUUGAAAUCCCCAAUUUCCAACAAGAAGAUGCUGGUCUUUAUGAAUGCAUUACUGAAAAUUCUAGGGGGAAAAAUAUUGCAAGAGGGCGCCUCACGUAUUACGCAAAGCCUCACUGGGUUCAGAUGAUAAAAAACUUUGAAGCUGCAGUGGAAGACAACUUGUACUGGGAGUGCAGGGCCAGUGGCAAACCAAAACCAUCCUACAGGUGGCUGAAAAACGGAGAACCUUUAGCAUUAGAGGGAAGGAUACAAAAUGAAAAUGGGGCAUUGAUAAUAACAAACCUAAACUUGACCGAUUCCGGCAUAUACCAGUGCAUAGCAGAAAACAAACAUGGCACAAUAUAUUCCAGUGCUGAACUCCAGGUGGUAGCUUCAGCUCCUGACUUCUCCAGAAGCCCAAUGAAGGAACUGAUUCAACUGCAGAUUGGCUCUUCAGCUCAUUUUGAGUGCAAGCCAAAGGCUUCCCCAAAAGCAUCCAUCACUUGGAGAAAGGGAGGUGAGGUGCUCCAAGAAAAUGAAAGAACAGUGUUGUUAAAAGAUGGAAGCCUACAAAUAGCAAAUGUGAGUAAAUCAGAUGUUGGAAGUUAUACUUGCCUGGCGGAGAACCAGUUUGGAAAAGCUAGUAGCUCAACAACUUUAUUAGUCACAGAGCCGACCCGCAUAACACAGGGUCCUUCAAAUAUGGAUGUUACUGUAGGGGAAAGUGUAAUCCUGCCUUGCCAAGUUCAGCAUGACCCCUUACUGGACAUCAGCUUCACGUGGUAUUUCAACAAUGCAUUGACCGACUUCAGAAAAGAUGCAUCUCAUUUUGAGAGAGUAGGCGGGGUUAUCAUUAAUGUUCUAUUUUUGUAUUUCAUUCAUUUACUGGUUUUUUUUUAGCCUGUUCCUGAAGAACUACAAAAUGGUGAAGGAUUUGGUUAUGUCGUUGCUUUCCGACCCCUUGGUGUUACAACCUGGAUACAGACAGUUGUUACAUCACCCGACACACCAAGAUAUGUCUUUAGGAAUGAAAGCAUCUUGCCAUUUUCACCAUAUGAAGUCAAGGUUGGAGUAUACAAUAAUAAAGGAGAAGGUCCAUUUAGCCCAGUGGCAACAGUGUUCUCUGCUGAAGAAGAACCUACUGUUUCACCUUCUGGUGUGUCUGCAAACAGCCUCUCAUCUUCUGUAAUUGAAGUCUCGUGGAACCCCAUUCCUUGGAAAAUGAGUAGUGGGAGAUUGCUGGGCUAUGAGAUAAGAUAUUGGAACAACGGUGGGAAAGAACAGUCUUCCAACAGAGUGAAAGCCACAGGAACUGAGACGUCGGCAAGAAUAACGGGUCUGAAGAGCAACUUGGUGUACUACGCAGCUGUUCGAGCAUUCAAUAGUGCAGGAGCAGGCCCUUUUAGUGCCACUGUAAAUGCCACCACAAAAAAAACACCACCCAGCCAGCCUCCAGGAAACAUUGUGUGGAAUGUUACAGACUCCAGGGUAGUUUUGAAUUGGGAGCAGGUGCACGCAAUGGAAAAUGAGUCAGAAGUAAUUGGCUAUAAGGUUUUGUAUAAGACUGGCAGUCAAAAUCGGCUGAGUACCCUAAUCACUAACAUAACAUCUGUGGAACUUCUGCUUCCUUUAAAUGAUGACUACAUUAUAGAAGUGAAAGCAGUGACUGAUGGUGGAGAUGGUAUUAGCAGUGAGCAGAUCAAAAUACCUAAACUAGCAAGUAUGGAUGCAAGAGGUUCAGGUGCAGCAGUCUUGAAUAUCAACAGUCUCUCUUGCUUUAUGACAACAAUACCUAUCUUAAUUUUUAAAGCAGCAUUAUGUUGAUACAUUUUCACAGAGAGGAUCAAAAUGGAUUAUUUACUUUUAAAAGCGUUUAAAAACCAACAAAAAUGAUGGUUAUGCAUGGUUGUACCACUUUGAUUUUAAACACUUUCUGUGGCUUCUAAUGUUUCAGUAAACAACAAAAACAAAGCAAACAACAAAUCAUACACAGUUCCUUCUAAACAGUUCCUUCUAAAGGAAUGUAAAAUGCCUUAAAUGUAAUAAACCAAAGGAGUUUACAUAUUUCAGAAAGGACAAAAAAGGACAUUGUAUUAAGCUUAGUGAAUUCCACUUCCCAAGCAACAUGGAAUUAUUUUGAGUAGAUUGCAACAAAAUCAUUCCAAAACAUACACAGAUGGAGCAUUUUAAAAUAUACAUUUUACCAGAAUGUGAUGCAUAACUUAGAACUGCAUUUAUUUCUUUAAAAAUAUCACAAUGGAGAACCACUCUGAGCCUGUCUAAUGGGGAGAGUGAGUUAUAAAUUAAAUAAAAUAAUAACAAUAACAACACAUCUACAUAAACAUACAGUUUAGUGUCUUUAUUUGAAGAUCUCAAAACUUUGCUUUGCUACAAAAGGCAUCCUCCCUGCCUUUUUUGUCCAAUCUACAUGGAUGUCCUGUUGCUUGUACUCUUUUUUGGGGAGACUGAAAUUCAGUUUUUAAAACAGCUCCUCUCUCUAUUUCUUAAUCAUGGUUCCAUUGUAAAUGGGGGGGAAAAUCCUCCAGGUGCUGCAGUGGCAAAAUCCCUUCCAAUCCCUUACUUGAAGCAAAAGGUGUCUGCACAGCACUACAGUUUGGGGAUCAGAAGGCUCAGCUUUUGUUUUUACAUUACAGCACCGAAAGGCAGAUGGCCUUUCGUUUGACUUGUCCACUUUUGUUGGGCCCAGUGCUCCUCUUUGAAAGUAAAGCUGCUUGUUUGGGUCACUACAUAUAGAUUGGCACCCGUAGUGUAGAAUUACCCUGGAAAUACUGCCCUGGAAAUCCACAUACUAUUUGGAUUCCAGAUUUCCCACCAGCAAAUGCAGUCAUGGAGUGGAUAAUUCGCUACAAGGAAGCCACUUUGGAUGGCAUCCACGAGACAACAGUAUCACAUGCAUUAUGUGCUCAUCCUUAGUACUGAGCGGCUUUUUUCUCUAUCCAGAUAAAAUAUGGUGAUUGCUUCUUCCAACAUUAUUCAGCCCUGCAGCAACCAUAGCAUCCUAACUCUGAUAGAGAGGGUCUUUAGGCACCUUAAUUUUAACUUUUCCUAUUAUAUAAUGCAGAAUAUAAAGAUAUAAACUGCUCAUUUAUAGUUGUGCUUCUUCCUGAUUUCGUUGUUACCUCCUAUAAAUUCCUUAUAUUUUGAUAUCACCCAGUGCUACACCAUAUUUAUUAAUGAAUUUUUAAAACAAAGUGCCCAAGAAUAGAGCAUCACACUUUUAGGUGCAAUGCACCAGAGCCUUAUAAAUGGGGAAUAUUAUCUCCCUGAAUUACAUGUGGUGUGUCUGAAUAUGCAGCCCUAAAUUUGUUGCCCUUCUGUAUACCACUUCUUCGCUGGACCAUUUUGCUUUCUGGCCCUUCUGCAAUUUCUGCAUUCCUUUGUUUAAAAUUAUUGUGGACGCUAACAGGACCACAGCCACCUUCAUAUUUAUAAGCAAUUUCUUUUUUUACAUGGCAGUAUUGUUUUGAAACAUAGCAAGCAAGCAAGGAAACAUCUAUUAAUACGCUUGAUUUACUACAUUCUAACAUUUCUAUAGAAAUAUUUUUCAUCUAUUAAUUCCAUCUGCUCAUUCAUGCUGUUACACCUGCAAUAAACAGGUGUGAACCCUCAGAGGGAAGAUAGACCUGUACAAAUCCGCUACUGCUCUAUAUUUUAUUAUAACAUUCAUAUUUAAACCAAUCAUAUUAUAACUUUUAAAAACACUUUAUUUCCAGAUAUCUUGGGUAAAAUCUGUAUAUAAUGUACAUAGCAAAAUAAUAUCAAUGGCUACUUGCUCUUUAACAUGGCAAACUACUGAUGCUUCCAGUUACCGAUGGGUGGGAACAAACUUUCAUUCUUCAUAUAUUCCAUAUUCAAACAAUGAGGGGGAAUCUCCCAUUCUUGCUACAAGAAAGUUCCAAAAUGUUCUUGUAUUUCCAUUUUCAUGACCAUCCUUGUUGAAGUAAAGUUCUGACUAUAUUAUCUCCAUGAGAUUUUCUGGAAUACUUUGUUUCAUAUUGAAAAGUUUACCAAUUUUUCCUUCAACAUAAAUGUGUGUGUAUAUCCUAUGGUUAUCU